GAUCUACUUCAAUUCUGGGACAUCUGCGAUAUCCCAAGAAAAAUUCGUAUAGACCCAGAUAGUGAUUAGUGAAGCAGAAGGCCAAAGCAAUCGAUUCCAAUUUCCUUGAAGACACUCCUACCUGAAUUCUUAAAAUCUGUUCUUAGCUCUUGAGUCUUGAUCAUAUCUGGGUACCUUGAAUUCUCUAUUUCCAGUCUCUAUUAUUAGAUUACAGAGGAAUUUGAGCAUUCUCUCUUUUACGAAAUUAUUUCGCUUUGAUAUCUUAUUUUUUGGGAAAUUCGAAUUGGGCUCUCUCGUACUAUAUAAUUAUUUAGGAAUUAAUCAAAUAUUGAGCACACCAUCAUUCAUCAUGACUACAGUCUCCAGCCCCAUGUUGUUUCUCUGUGUUUUGAUUUCUCUCUUCUUUUCAUCCUCUGCUCAAACCUGCCAAAGUUAUACUUUCUCUAGUAAUAGGCAAUUUAGUUCCUGCAGUGAUCUUCCUGUCUUGAAUUCAUACCUUCAUUGGACAUACAGCCCAUCAGCAGGAAGCGUCCAGAUUGCGUAUAGACACACUGGCGUUACCACCUCCAACUGGGUUGCUUGGGCAAUCAACCCGACCUCACAGGGAAUGAUUGGAGCACAAGCUCUUGUUGCUUACCAGCAGUCCAAUGGAUCCAUGCUUGCAUAUACAUCACCUGUGACUUCAGUUUCCACCAGCUUGGCCGAGGGAAAUCUUAGUUUUCAAGUGUCAGAUCUAUUGGCAACCUUCGAUAAUAAUGAGAUGACAAUAUUUGCUACUAUAGAACUACCCAACAACCUUACCACAGUGAAUCAGGUGUGGCAAGUUGGCCCAGUUGAUCAGAGCACUCCUCGCAGUCAUACAACCAGCGGAGACAACAUCAACUCUAAGGGAAGUUUGAAUUUUCUUUCAGGGCAGACGACAACCACGGGUAACUCAGUACAGAGGAGGAGGAAUGUUCAUGGAGUGUUGAAUGCUAUCAGUUGGGGUACCCUGAUGCCUCUUGGUGCCAUUAUAGCAAGGUACUUGAAGGUGUUCAAGAGUGCAGAUCCGGCAUGGUUCUACCUUCAUGUUGCUUGCCAGUCUUCGGCCUAUAUCAUUGGUAUUGCUGGAUGGGCUACCGGAAUCAAACUCGGCAGUGAUUCUGCUGGCAUUGUGCAACAUGCCCACAGGAACAUAGGAAUCGUUCUUUUCUGUUUUGGCACUCUACAGGUGCUUGCCUUGCUUCUAAGGCCCAACAAAGAUCACAAGUACAGAUUCUACUGGAACAUUUACCACCACUCAAUUGGUUACAGUGUCAUCAUCCUAAGUGUCAUCAACAUAUUCAAGGGCUUCGAUAUAUUGCAACUUGGGAAGAACUGGAAGAGAGCAUACAUUGGCAUCAUUGUAUUCUUGGGUUUUAAUUUUCUGAUGUUGGAGGCAAUCACCUGGAACAUUGUUCUAAAGAGAAGGUCGAGGAGCUCUGAAAAGUCCCACCAUGGAGUUAAUGGGGUUAAUGGUGUCAAUGGAUAUUAUGGUGACAGGUCUCAAGAGGUGGUAUAACCGAGAGAGAGAGAGAACUGAUGGGAGAGUUUUGUGUUCACAGACUUCUUUCUCAGAGCAUUGAUUUAUCAUGUAUAUACAUUUAGAGGGUGAGGAGCUUGUUAAUUUAGUAAGUCAAUAUUCUUUCUUAACCUAGUAGUACGAGUGGUUUUGGACUUUGGACAUUGUUGUGUAUGUAUCUAUAUAUGUAUGACGGGAUUUCCCUUUUUUUUUUAAUCUUCUCAACCCGUAAUCUUGUACUUC